CCCGUCUGCCUGGGCAUAUUCAGCAAACCCGUGACCCUGAGCUGUGGUCACAGCUUCUGCAGGGAGUGCAUCCAGGAGGUGCGCAGCCGGCGGCGUUCCCUGCAGGGCCACUUCAGCUGCCCGCUCUGCUGCGCCCAGACGGACCUCGCUAUGGAGCUGCAGCCCAACAUCAAGCUCCGCAGCAUAGUGCAGAAGUUUUUGGAAGCUCACACUCACCAAGAGGAGGAAGAGUGUGAAGCGCAAUGUGAAGAGAAGGGGGAAAGUUUGGGCCAGCAGGACGAGGUGAUCCUGUGCGAUUUCUGCCUUCAGGAGCCCCAGCCAGCCGUGAAGACCUGCCUGAGCUGCGAGGCCUCCCUGUGCCAAGCCCACCUGAGCAAGCACAGCGCCAAGAACCCCCUGAAAGACCACGUCCUGAUGGAGCCCUGCGAUGCUCAGCUUUUGGCUGAGAGGAGAUGCCCCCAGCACGGCAAACUGCUGGAGUGCUACUGCAAGACGGACUCGGUCUGCAUCUGCGUGCUGUGCUGUGUCACCAGCUCCCACAAGAACCACGAGAUCGCCACUUUGGAGGAGGCUUUUGGCCAAGCACAG